AAUGCCUCCUAAACCCCGAAUAAAAGUGCCAAUAUCGCCCGGGAAAAAAGCUCGAAAUAAUUUUGCCCGACGAAAUCGUCAAUUGUCAAGCGUAAUUAUCACAGAAUGCCCGAUCGACUUUCCUGAAUAUGAGUUUUCAAAAAAUCCGGCGCUGUUUAAGUCGUUUAAUGAUAAUCCAGAGUUCAAACCAAGCAAAAAGAAGAAUAAGCCAAAACCAGUGUUCCCACCAUCUCCAAAUGUCAGUGAUGUCGAAAUAUCAAGUGAUGAGGAAGAUGCUGGACAAUUUAAAGUGCCUGAUGCAGAUGCUGAUGAAGAAGAAAAAAUUAAGAAAAUCAAGGAAGCAUUUGAUUCAUUGGAUGAUGUUUCUCUCGAAGUCUUCAAUAAUGAUGGAAUUAGAGUAAAAAUAGAAAAUGGAAAACAUAUUAUUCACGAUAAGCAGCCUGAAGAAGCAUGGCGGCCAGGUAUUCGAGAAUAUCACGAUGGAAAUUUCCCAAUGAUGAAUAAGCCAGCAAAGAAAAUAGAUUUCGCGAAGAAAAUGGAACAAAGACAAAAAAAACCAGUUAAGCAGGUUCCAGAGAUGAAUUCCAAAGCAAACCAAGUUCAGUGUCCAACAAAUUAUGCAUCAUUUUGCGGUUCAAUUCUAGCAGAUCAUAUGAGACAAAACAAAAAAGCAUCUUUGGCAGCUCCAUCAUUGUUCAGGGUAUUUGGCACACCUCAAAGAUCGAAGAUGAUCGUGCCGGCGAAACAUGUCCAGUGUCAGGAUGAGCGUCUCGCUAUUUAUAGCUACACCCCGAUUCGUGUGAACAAAACGGCGAAGCAACUAGACGACACGAUCGGAAGCAUUGUCUUCUCGCCGAAAACUCAGAAUGCGAGUACUCCGAUUGAAAAGCAGACAGCUGGAAGAAGACCCAAAAGCUUCCCAGUAUUUGAUGUUUCCCUCAAUGAUUCUUGCGAGAAUAUCACGAAAAAAGAAGAACAAAUCGCACAAAAAUCUGCAAAUUCUGAUCAAAAAGAGACUACCAUCAACAAUAUCCCGAUCGAAGAGGAAUACAGUGGAAGAGUUCAUGAAUCAUCAUUGGCUGGAAGUAUACAACAACCACAGCAAGAUCUUGAAGAAACUGCAAUCUCCGAAAAUCGUCUCUCACAUUCUACACUGAAAACCACGCCAAUCGAGUCCCGGAACGAAAGUCACCAAAAUUCAAAAAUCAUGACCCAGCAGGUCUCAGACUCAGAAGAUGUUGAAGAUGUCACUUUUAACCGAAAAGCUGAAACGUCUGUUACGGAACUAUUGCACGAGGAGGAUGAGCAUGAACGAUGCUCAGAUCUAAAUCUCGAAGAAAGCAAAUAUUCGAAAAAGCGACAAAGAACAAAGAGCCCGGAGACAAUGUGUCAAGGCAUGAGCACUGUGAUGACGAUGCAGGAUGAUCAAGACGAUCUAGAAGCUUUAUUCGAAAUUGAAAAAGAGAAUGAAAUAAGAAAAAGAACAACUCUUCAACCCCAACAAAGGCAACGUGACAGAGAAUCUCGUGUCUCACGACUUUCAGUAAUGUCUGCAGCUUCAUCUCGUCACGAUUCCAUAAAUAGUGCCAUGGAGGAGAUGAGCUUACAACAAUUUUUAGAAGACACGAUGGGAGAAGAGUUUGGAAAAACUCAAUAUUCAGAAUCUCGUGCAGAAUCUAGAAAUAUUCCUACUGGUAUGACGAUUCAUAAUGAAGAUCCGUCGAUACUCCCAUUCUACUUGGAAGAUCUAACUUCGGAAAUCGAUCCAUCACCGAUGAUGCAGCUCCUUCAUGUUGUUGGUCAAAAAGAAUCAAAAACGUGGGAUAGUCUACCGAAGUCGGCUCUCGAUGGUCGAAGAGUUAAGAAACUCGGCGAAGGAGCCUACGGUGAAGUCUUCUCAACAAUAUGGGAUGGUAAACCGGUUGCUAUCAAAAUCGUCCCAUUUGAAAAAGAUGGAUGCAAUCGGCAAUAUUUCGGUGAAUAUCAUUCUGAGGAAAUGCAAACAUCCGAUGUCGUUCUGCCUGAAGUUAUCGUAAUGAAGGAACUAUCGGCUUUGAGAGAUGAAGAUGCUUGGAAUUCUACUCCAAAUUUCAUCGAAAUGAUUUCUGCCGAAGUUGUGAUGGGGAAGUAUCCUAAAGGAUUGUUGAGUGCCUGGGAUUCAUACGACAAAUUGAAAGAAUCCGAGAAUACAAGGCCAGAUGUGUAUUCUUCAAUAGAUCAAAACUUUAUUCUUUUCGUUUCGGCAAAUGGUGGAAUCGCACUGGAAGAUUUUGUCCUUGAAAGUGAAAAUGAACUCUUUUCGAUCAUUCACCAACUCGUUCUUUCAAUGAAUGCAGCAGAAGCAGCUCUCGAAUUUGAACACAGAGACUUACAUCUUGGUAAUGUACUGAUUGAUCGGAAUGGCGUGAAAGAGCUUUAUUACACUGUUCAUGGGCAGAAAGUACCAUUAAGUACCCAUGGAAUUAAAGUCAAUAUUAUUGAUUUCACAUUGAGCCGAAUUUCCAAAGGUGCGACAACUGUCUAUUGGGACUUGGAAAACGACCCAGCAAUUUUCGAGGGACAAGAUGAUCCACAAUUCGAAGUAUAUCGAGAAAUGAGAAAGAAUUGCAAGAGCAAUUGGAAGAAAUUUUCGAGGCGAACGAAUCUCAUGUGGAUUGUAUACAUUGCAAAUCGACUGAUUGAUACAAAAAUCUGCCCCAAGGGACUUCUUACCGAGAAACGGAGAAUGGAGCUCAAAGUACUGUUUGACCGAUUUGCCGAGUUUGGUUCUUGUGGAGAAUCGUUGACCAAUGAGGAAUUCUUCAGCGAUUUUUACGAGGGACCGAUCGGAAUGUCCACGACACGUCAAUAAUGUGCUCAGAAUAUGAGUAUCAAAAAAAUCCGCGGGUCUCAAUAAUCUAGAUCUCGUUUCAUAUUUCCUGUCAAAUAUUUAUUUUUUGAAAUUUUAGUAUUUACGAUGUCUUUCAUUUUCAGUUUAAAAGUGUUUCUAAUAUAUAAUU